AUGCCGCACGGUAAUCUGACAGCAAAUGCACCUUCGUCGCCGUCCCCUGCAGGGGACAGAUCGGACAUAUCCGCGGUAUCGCAAGCCGAAGCACAGUUUCCGCCUCACGAAUUAGCUCGGUUAAGGAACUCGUUUUCCCAGCUGGUACAGCAUGGUAGACUCGGAAAAUUUACCCGUAACACCAUCCCGGCGCAGGCCCUAGCGGACGAGCUGAAGCUGUCCCUUCCGCUAGAAGCGCUGCCAUGUCCCUUACUGCGAUUUGUGAUGGAGCACUAUAACCAGCAACAGCAGCAGCAGCACCAGCAGCAGCAGCAGCAGUCGCGAGUGGCUGUGGAGGCGUUAUCUCGUCAAGUGGCAAGAGCAAUCGCCGCAGACGUUUUUGGGGUUCGCUUCAGGAAAAUGCUACGAGGGUUGGAGGGCAAGAAACCUAGAAGCAACAACACCAAGGAGGAGUCAAGUGCUUCCUGGGACGGUUCAGCCGAGCGGGUAGCCGUUGAAGCUAUUGAGCAGGACUGGGAGGCGUUUUGGAUGGGUCCGAUGGAUGGUGCAAGCGACGAGAGUGAAGAUGAGGAGGACGAGGAGGUGGAGGAGAAGGAAGAGGAAGGCAAAGGAGAUGUACAAACAGGGAGGGGGGACGUUUCUGGAUCAGAUGGUGGUAAAAGGGAUUCCAUGCGUGAUGCUGAUGGCUCCGCCUGCACUGAUGCUGGUGGAUCCAACCUCCAGAUGCGCAGUUUCUUUGUCACGGAUGAGAUACGACAGAGCCUUGCUACAGCCAGUGGUGAAGGUGAAGGUGGUGUUACUAGUGCUGGUAGUGGCAGUGCGCACAGGAGGGUGAGCAGGAGGACGAGGGUGACUUGGGAGGAGUUUAUCGUUGGCCUGGCGGGAUGCUGCAAGGAAGCUUCGUCAGCAGCUCGCAUGAAACGGCUGCUGCGAAUCAUGUCUCUGAUUCGCGUGGCCCUCAUUCCCCCAUCUGCCUGCUCCCAUUCGUUACAGUCCCAAUCUCCACACUCACAGAGCUCCAGUUUGGAUCAGAAUGAUGCACGUGCCUGCAGUGGCACGUCCCAUCAGAAUGGCGAGCUCCGCGACCGUUUCCCUGUGAUGCCGUCUAUCCCAUGCGCUCCCUCGGUGCCCCAAGCACCUCUCUCCACGGCAGACAACCUGCAGGGAGAAACUCAACUGCACCCGCAGUCGCAGCAACAGCAGCAGCAAGGAAUUGGGGAGGGUGAGGGCAGGGAGGUGCACGCAUGGCACGUGUGGCUGCUGUUCCUCACGUGCUGGGCGAUGGAGCAGCAGGCGGAGACAUUGGGCCGAGACAAGGCAGGCAGUGGUAGUGAACGUGGUGAUAGGGGUGGUGAUGUGGAUGUAGGUGGUGGUGGUGCAGAUGCUGGUCUCUUCAACGUGGCAGCUCACGCGAAUGAUCAGUCUGCCAUACCUUCAAGUGUGCUCCACAUGCUUCAAAGCCUUGCCCAAGGAGCUGUUUCAGCUGCUGCUAGUGCCACUGAGAGUGCUGCUGCCACAGAGAACGCUGCAGCAAUUUCCUUGCCCGCACCUGGUGCUUCUAGCAGAUCAGCCUAUAACGAGUCUCUACCUCGCCUGGAGUCAACAAAGCUCGUGUCGUGGCUGCUGGUUCAGCUCCCGGGUCUCUCCACGCGCCUGUCCGCCUUCGUGCUCCACCGCUUCGCCACUGCUUCACACGCAGAUGAUUCUUUUCCUUCAACUACGCACGAUGUCAGCAAGGCAGCACUCACGUCCGAUGCCCCUGCUCCUGCUUCUUCUCUCUCUGCUUCUCACUCUGCUUCUCCCACCGUUACAAGCACAUCUGCUGUAUCCGCUGAAAGCACUGAUUCCACCAAUACGAGCCCGGAAGCCAUGCCACGUGGCGUUGCCUGGGUGCUUGACAUGGCGUUUCCGAACCCUCUUAGUGCAGCGGGGAUGUCACGGGCAGGAGCUGCAGGAGUGGCAGGAGCAACAGAAGCAACAGGAGCAGCAGGGCCAGCGCCAGGGGCAGGGGCAAGAGAAGCACGUGGUGCAGGAGGGGGGCAUAUGGUGCAUGGUGCACAGCUGCUGUAUAGGGCGUCCCUGCAUGGCCGUGGCAUUCGCCGGCUCAUGGCUCAGGCUGAAGGCUACGGUGGUCCCUGGGGUUGCGCUCUCAUGCAGCUCUCGCCCUCCUUCGCUCUCUACAAGCCCACUGGUCAAGCGAGUAAUUUCAUCUGCACGCCAUCUGCAAAGCUGGGGGGGGGCCUGGGGAGGGAGCGCGUGUGGGUGGAUGAGGAGUUUCGAUCUGCCAUUGUGAGACACCAUGCGGUGGAUAAGACUUUCCGGGCAGGUCACCUGCACCCCGACCAGGGCUAUGCGGAGCUGAGCGUGCGUGUAGAGGAUGUGACUGUAUGGGGUUUGGGUGGCAAGGUGGCAGAGGACAAGAGGGUGGCGUUUCAGCAGCGCGAGCAGCUCUUCACAGAGCAGAGGAGGAAGGUGGAUCUGGCCAAGUUCGUGGGCAAGUGGGAGGACGCACCUGAGAGGGUCAUGCUGUACAUGGUCACCAACCCCAACAAGCCCAGCAAGGAGGAGCGCUAG